AUGGAGUCUUCUUCUCUAUCCCCGCACAUCAAGAGCGAGUUGAAUGAAGCCAUGAUGAUCAUUGGUCAGAAAGGUUACCUAAAAUCUUGGCCUACCUUUCUUCCCCGUAUUAUCUCUCAACUUAGGGCAGCCGUUUCGGAUAAAGAUUAUGCAUCCGUGAAUGAUAUUCUUGGGACUGCUGAUUCUAUUUUCAAGAAGUUCAGGCAAACGUGCAUGACCGAUGAUCAGAUGAGUGAUUUGAGUUAUUGUCAAGAUUUGUUUUCCGAACCUCUUAUCGAAACAUUCCGAGACACUGAUUCGCUGCUUCAAACGAACUCUAUCGUGAGCCACAAGUCGUUGAUUCAGUCCCAAACAUUGUGCCUCUCCAUGUGCUUUUCACUCGGCUUUAAGUUCCUACCAGACUAUUUCAAGAACAAUGUGGAUAGUAUGAUGUUGCUGUUUUCUAAGUACGUACAAUCUUCUGCCAGUCCAGAACUGGAAGUGUUGAAUGGUCUUAAAUGUGCUCUCCUCGCUCUCAUCAACCAGUAUAUAGAGAAGCAUGAAAAAGACUGUGGGCGGUAUGUCAGUGAGUUUGUGAGAUUGAUCUUCUCAUUAGCCAAGGAUAGCAGAGAUGAGGUUGCUACAUAUGCUUUAAUGUAUCUUACAACUGUGAGCACAAGUAGUCAUCACCAUUACUUGUUUGGGGACAACAGUUCAAUCAAGACAUUAUGUUUAGAAGCUGUGAUUCCAAAUGUCUUAUUGAGGGUAGAAGAAGAAGAACUGUUCAACAUGAACUACAUGGAGUUUAUACGUAGAGACAUUGAGCUGAGUGGUGUAGACAACAGAAGAAGAAUGGCUUGUGAGCUGUUGAGGGGACUUGCGACAAACUAUGCUAGUCAAGUUGUAUAUGUAGUUUUACUUGAGUUACAGAAGCUUCAUAGAUCAUUCUCAGAAAACAGAGCUGCACUGUGGAGAAAUGAGGUUUGUGUAAUCGACUUGGUGAUCUCUGUGGGUGAUAUAUCACCGGGUGAUAUUGUUCGGAUGGCAUUUCAGAAAAUCAUUCUCUCUCAGUUACAUAGCUUUGACAACGGAAGUUAUCCUAUGCUAAAGGCAAGGUGCUUGAAGUUCCUAGCGGUGUUUUCUGCUGAUAUCCAAAAGCCAGUUGGAAUCGAGUUGCUCAAGGACCUGGCCCGGUUGCUUCAAGCAGAGUCAAACGUGGUUCACUCAUAUGCUGCUAGCUGCAUAGAAAAGCUACUACUAGUGAAGGAGGAAGGUGGAAAGAGCAGGUAUGUUGCUCGUGACAUAGAUGAAGUUUUGAUAAUGAGGAACUUGUUUGAUGCAUUGAAGCUAGUAGAGUCUGAGGAAAAUCCAUUUGUCAUGAAGUGCAUAAUGCGGGUCCUUAGUGUUGCCGAGAUGAGUGCUGAUGCUGCUACAAGUUACAUUGUGCGUUUGACAGCUGUUCUCAAUGAAGUUUGCAAACUUCCUAAAAACUCGGUUUUCAACCGGUACGUGUUUGAGUCAAUCGCUUUACUACUUCGACGAGCCUAUGAGAGAGACAUACCUCCUACGUCUGCAUUUGAAAUGGUUCUGUUCCCAAGUGUCAAGAUGAUUUUGGACAGGAAACUGGAAGAUUUCAUGCCCUAUGCACUUCAGCUUAUGGCUCAGUUUAUCGAGUUGAAUAAUGCAUCCUCAGAUGAUAUCAUGGAUAUAUGCUUGUUGCACGACUUGGAUUCCAAAAAUCUUGCGGGGCUAGUGCGUUUGAUUCAGACCGUGUUGCCUAUUGCACCUGAGAAUUUUGAUCAUGUGUGGCCAUAUGCUCUGACGAUAUCCAAAAGACUAGUCUCAUCUCCAAGGACUCAGAAGGAAGGUUUUGAUCUUCUUUGUGUUGUUUUCAAGGAGCUCAGACCCACUAGGAUUGACAUGGAGCAUGUAUUGCCGGUUCUAUUCCAACUCUAUCAAGCUAACAAAACCAUCAGGUUUCAGAAAGCUCUGCUACUCUUCUUCUCGCUUGUUGUGAGGUGUGCAGAAAUCAUAGAAGAUGUUCACAACGCUAUCAAGAAAGAAGAUCAUGCUGAGGGCAUAAAGGAUCCAAAGGAGCUACUAGUUUCUACUGUGUCUCAUCUUUCCCGUCUUGCUAAUCCUCCUGGUGUGUUGCAGAUCAUUAUUGAUGAGAAUCUUGACCAGUCUAACAAACAAGACUGGGCUCAGAUCUGCACUACUUACCAAGCAAGCGGUGGCUUGUAG